AUGUCCAGCUACAAGCGUGCAACAUUUGAGGAGGAGGAGGCGGCAGACAACCCAGCCGAUGGGGGCAUGUCUCCGGACAGUGUGGAGGUCAGUCUGAGCUCAUUGGUUGAUGUGUAGGGAUCAGAGGUCAAUGAAAAUGGAGGAGCCACACGGUGUCAGUCUGUUAUUAUAGGACUAGGGUGAAUUUGACCCGUACGCCGAUCAUGGGUCAGUUUUUCAUUUUCCCUACUAAUGGUUAAGGUACCUGGGGGAAACUUCACCCCGGAGCAUUAUUACACAGGAUCUGGGCUUAAACUCCUGUUAGAUUAGCCCAACGAUCAGAAACAGAAAAUACUUCAUGAAAGUGUGAUGUUAUGUGGGAAACCAUAAAAACGGCAGACUAGAAAGGGGAAAACAAAAAAAAGUUGUAAAAUAGAGGGUUUUAUUUAGCAGACAAUGGAUUUGUCAUGUCUUUUCUCUUGCAUUUGGUCGAAGCAUUCCAAAGUUACCUGAGGAUAAGCUGUCCUUGAAAUUUCAUCAUAAACAGUCAGAACUAAAUGUCAUCAUAUAUACGCCCAGUGACACAUAGAUGUACAGUACUGAUUUUAGACAUUUUAUUGUCUGAGGAAAAGUGUGUAGAAGGUUCAGCUGAUUACCACUGCUGAUAAACAGUAGUAGUACAUUACCUUUAGACAUGUAAUGUGUGCAGAGCCUGUGGUCCAGCGGUAAUGCUUCUGGCUAGUAACAGGGAUUGACAUUAAGGGUUGCCGUAUUGCCUGUAGCAAUUGAACUGAGCAGUUGAGCAAGUUGAGCCUGCUCUGUGGUUUCCCCAUUGGGCAGGUAAUAAAAAAAGUAAAAACCAAACUGCAAAGAAUUCCAAUAGCCUAAAACUGAUAUUUCUGGUUCCUCCUCAUUGUUUGAAGUGAAAUACAGACAAUUUAUGGCAUUUAUGGCAUUCGGGAAUGUUGAGUCUGCUCUGAGAAUUGUUUUACUGAUAACAACCAAAAUACAAAUAAUUCCACAAUUGAUCUGUCUGAUUCCUAUGUGUAGGUGAAAGGCAGGCAAUACACUGAGUAUAUAAAACAUUAAGAACACGUGCUCUCUCCAUGACAUAGACUGACCAGGUGAAUCCAGGUGAAAGCUAUGAUCCCUUAUUUAUGUUUUUUUAUUUUUUUACUACACUAAAUUGAUACUUCAUUGUGGUCCCUCGUGACAGACUGAAUGCCAAAUCGAGAGCUGACUAGUGCUCAUGCGAAAUUGGGUUCUCGGUUCUGAGAUAGCGAUAUUUCAUUCAUUCGAAAGUCGCUCAGAAAGAGGAAUGGAGGCUUAAAAUAUGUAUUUUAUUUUAUUUAGACAGUAUGGAAAUCAGAAGGGGAUACAGGCAGGUGGGGAAAAAACGGUAAGAAGGGUGGACACAGGGAUUGAACCCCGGUCUCCGAUAGGGAGAUUUGAAUAUGUGAUAUGUGACAGGAGUGUUAGAACUCCACCACUGCACGAAUGGAGGCCUUCUUGACUAUGUCUGUGGUACUUGUGAUGUCAUCCCAUCCUCUGACUCAUGUAUUUCCACAGGUUGGCUUCCGGAAGGGCGGCAUCCAGCUACUCGGUCCCCUGGGCAGGAGGACGCAGAUGGAGGUGGUGCUGGCUGGUGUGCUGCUCGCCUCCCUCCUCGCCCUGUUCGGAUGUGCCGUCACUCUGGGCAUGCGCUACAACAAAGGUGAGAGGCCUUUGGUUACACCACUCACGCACUCAUGCAAAUACACACACACACAAACACGCAAGCACACACACACACACGUGUUAUGUCUUAUAAUAAGGCUUAUAAUAUGUUAUGGUCUCUCUGUUUAGCAACAUUUCAACUGGCUGGUGUUUAGCAGUAUCAUUAUGAAUGAUUAUUAAGACAUUAUGGGGUCAUACAUGCUUGUGACAAAAGUCUUGUGACAAUGCAUUAUAACCACAUCAUGAAGCAUUAUACCAGCAGGCUUUAUAAAGCAUUACUGUUUUUCUACCUUGUCACCAGACCCAGCGCGGAGCCUGUGUCUGACCGAGGCCUGUAUUACGGUGGCCAGUAAGAUCGUAGAGGCCCUGGACCGCAGCGCCGACCCCUGCCAGGACUUCUACCAGUACGCCUGCGGGGGCUGGGUCCGCAAGAACCCCCUCCCUGACGGACGCUCUCGCUGGAGCACCUUUAACAGCAUCUGGGACCAGAACCAGGCUGUCCUCAAACACCUGCUGGGUGAGUUGGAACCAAAGACA